UGUCUCCUGCAAGGGUCCUCAGUUCUCCCCGAAACAACUCGAUUUCUGUCCAGUGGGGGCCGAGGUGGACUCCCAGCCCACUUUGUUAUCCCCUCCUCUCCCCCUCGCUGAGAAAAUCGAUCUUGGCUCUAUUCGUGUCUUAUGGUCACCACCCCCAUUGCCCCGGAGAGCACGGGAUUUGUUUAUUUCUUUAUUUAUUCCCCGGGGCCGAGGCGUCCGGGACUGGUGGCCGCAAAGAUCCAGGACUGAGAGACGAAGAUGGAGAGAAAUUAACCUCCGGCCUCUGCCCCCCAGUCAAGCGUGACAGUGCGCGGGCCGGUUGCGUGACUCAUGACGUCUCUGAGUCCUAUAGGUGCAGCGGCUGGUGAGAUAGUCCGUAUCGCCUGGUUGCCUCUUUAUUUUAUUGGGGUAUGCCUGGUAAUAAACAGUAAUAUUUAAUUUGUCGGAGACCACAAACCAACUACGAGCUGGGAGGUGCCGUGUUCCUCUUGACAGACCCUAGAAGAAGGCCUGACCUUAAAAGAUUUCUUUUUCGGGGUGCUUUCAAAGUUCUUCACCUGAGCCCCUGCCUCAGGGAGGCGUCCCUGCUGCCUUCUGGAAAGAAGAGGUGGGAUUUUUGGAGAGCAGAACCUCGCACGGGCACAGGGCCCUGGGCGCACCAUGGCCGACGCAGACGAGGGCUUUGGCCUGGCGCACACGCCUCUGGAGCCUGACUCCAAAGACCUGUCCUGCGAUUCAAAACCGGAGACUACACUAGGGGUUCCCAGCAAGUCCCCGUCGUCUCCGCAGGCCGCCUUCACCCAGCAGGGCAUGGAAGGAAUCAAGGUGUUUCUCCACGAAAGAGAACUGUGGCUGAAAUUUCACGAAGUGGGCACAGAAAUGAUCAUAACGAAGGCUGGAAGGCGGAUGUUUCCCAGUUAUAAAGUCAAGGUGACUGGGCUUAAUCCCAAAACGAAGUAUAUCCUCCUCAUGGACAUUGUUCCUGCGGAUGACCACAGAUAUAAGUUUGCAGAUAAUAAAUGGUCUGUGACCGGCAAAGCAGAGCCUGCCAUGCCGGGCCGCCUCUAUGUGCACCCUGACUCGCCAGCCACAGGGGCGCAUUGGAUGAGACAGCUCGUCUCGUUCCAGAAACUCAAGCUCACCAACAACCACCUGGACCCCUUUGGGCACAUUAUUCUAAAUUCCAUGCACAAAUACCAGCCCAGAUUACACAUCGUGAAAGCAGAUGAAAAUAAUGGAUUCGGUUCAAAAAAUACAGCGUUCUGCACCCACGUCUUCCCGGAGACGGCAUUUAUUGCGGUGACUUCCUAUCAGAAUCACAAGAUCACGCAAUUAAAGAUCGAGAACAAUCCCUUCGCCAAAGGAUUCCGGGGGAGUGACGACAUGGAGCUGCACAGAAUGUCCAGAAUGCAGAGUAAAGAAUACCCCGUGGUUCCCAGGAGCACCGUGAGGCAGAAAGUGGCCUCCAACCACAGUCCCUUCAGCAGUGAACCUCGAGCUCUCUCCACCUCGUCCAACUUAGGGUCCCAGUACCAGUGUGAAAAUGGGAUCUCCGGCCCCUCCCAGGACCUUCUGCCCCCACCCAACCCAUACCCGCUGCCCCAGGAGCACAGCCAAAUUUACCAUUGCACCAAGAGGAAAGAUGAGGAAUGCUCCACCGCAGACCACCCCUACAAGAAGCCCUACAUGGAGACACCCCCCAGUGAAGAGGACCCCUUCUACCGCCCCAGCUACCCGCAGCAGCAGGGCCUGAGCGCCUCCUACAGGACAGAGUCGGCCCAGCGACAGGCCUGCAUGUACGCCAGCUCCGCGCCGCCCAGCGAGCCCGUGCCCAGCCUGGAGGACAUCAGCUGCAACACGUGGCCCAGCAUGCCCUCCUACAGCAGCUGCACGGUCACCACGGUGCAGCCCAUGGACAGAAUCCCCUACCAGCAUUUCUCGGCUCACUUCACCUCGGGGCCCCUUGUCCCCAGGCUAGCCGGCAUGGCCAACCACGGCUCCCCGCAGCUCGGAGAGGGGAUGUUUCAGCACCAGACCUCCGUGGCCCACCAGCCUGUGGUCAGGCAGUGUGGGCCUCAGACUGGCCUCCAGUCCCCCGGUAGCCUGCAGCCCCCUGAGUUCCUGUACUCUCACGGGGUGCCCAGGACCCUGUCCCCCCAGCACUACCACUCCGUGCACGGGGUCGGCAUGGUGCCAGAGUGGAGCGAGAACAGCUGAAGCCGGGUGGCCCUGCCGCAGGCAUUUGCUGAGAGAGAGGAGAGGGGCGAGGGAGAGAGAUGGGCGCAAGGAGGACCCCCC